CGCCUAUAAAUGGCCCUCCACCCUUCGAACUCCUUCUAGAUAACGCUGUCCUUCUUUUCCCUUCCUCCGAUCCUCAUCACCUUGGAAGCCUCUUCUAUCGCUCUCCACGUGAAUCUUCUCACCUCCCCCUCGUGACCCGCCGAAUCCAGUCAUCCAUUUCGAAUCGCCGUUCUUGCGGAUCCGAUCGGACGCCGGCAGUGGUGGCAGCGACGCAUUCUGGGCGGAGUUGGGCGCCGGAGAGCGGUGGCGAUGUCGCCACACGCGAAGAAUGAGUCACAGGAGAUCGAGUACGAGUUGGAGGAGCCGAUGGGAUCGUCGCGGGGGAUCCGCUGGUCCCUGAUCACCUCCGACUUCGCCAUCGGUCCCCUCCGCCGCCGGGCGCACAGCCACGAGAAGCUUCUCGAGCGCUUCGUCAUCGAACCCGAUAACAAGUGGUACCAGCUGUGGACGAGGUUUAUACUGGUAUGGGCAUUGUACUCGUCCUUCUUCACGCCGAUAGAGUUCGGCUUCUUCAGGGGGCUCCCGAACAACCUCUUCUGGCUCGACUUCGCCGGCCAGGUGGCCUUCCUCGUCGACAUCUUCGUCCAGUUCCUCGUCGCCUACCGUGACUCUCACACCUACCGCAUGAUCUACAAGCCCACCUCCAUUGCUGUCCGGUACGUGAAGUCGAGCUUCGUCUUCGACUUACUUGGCUGCUUUCCUUGGGAUGUUAUCUAUAAGGCAUGCGGAAAUAAAGAAGAAGUGAGGUACCUUUUAUGGAUUCGAUUAACUCGAGUACGCAAAGUCACAGAUUUUUUUCAGAAGAUGGAGAAAGACAUCCGCAUCAACUACUUGUUUACAAGAAUUGUUAAACUCAUAGUUGUGGAGCUCUACUGCACGCAUACAGCUGCCUGUAUAUUUUACUACCUUGCAACAACUUUGCCAGCAUCCAUGGAAGGCUAUACGUGGAUGGGGAGCUUAAAGUUGGGUGAUUAUAGCUAUUCGCACUUCAGGGAUAUUGAUCUCGGAAAGCGUUACAUAACAUCAUUAUAUUUUGCCAUAGUCACAAUGUCAACUGUUGGUUAUGGAGACAUACAUGCAGUUAACCCCAGGGAGAUGGUAUUCAUCAUGAUUUAUGUUUCUUUUGAUAUGAUUCUGGGAGCUUACCUUAUUGGCAACAUGACUGCAUUGAUUGUGAAAGGAUCAAAGACAGAAAGGUUUAGGGACAGAAUGAAAGACUUGGUUAAAUAUAUGAACAGAAAUAAACUUGGAAAGGAGAUUCGUGACCAGAUCAAAAGUCAUGUACGCUUGCAAUAUGAAAGCAGCUACACAGAGGCUUCUGUGCUUCAGGAUCUCCCAGUUUCAAUUCGUGCUAAGAUAUCCGAAACAUUAUACAAACCAUAUAUUGACAACGUUCCUCUGUUUAGCGGAUGCUCAGAAGAAUUCAUUCACCAGAUUGUCCGCAAUCUCGGUAUCGGGCACCGUAUCGGCACCUCAUCGGUUUGGUAUGGUCGGUACGUCUCAGUACGAGUCGAUACGCACCUCGGUAUAGGUCGGUACAUCUCGGUAUGGAGUUUAUACCGACUUGAAGUUAAGUUUUAUACCAAUUUUCUUCCGGCACGGUACGAUAAGAUUAUCAAGCUGCAGGAAGAGUUUUUCCUUCCAGGAGAGGUGUUAUUGGAACAGGGAGAUGCAGUAGAUCAGCUAUAUUUUGUCUGCCAUGGUAAGCUGGAAGGAGUAGGAAUUGGUGAAGAUGGAUCAAAAGAUACAGUUUUGACCCUGCAGCCCAACAGUUCCUUUGGAGAAAUUGCGAUUUUGUGCAACAUUCCUCAGCCUUUCACUGUUCGUGUUUGUGAAUUGUGUAGACUUUUGCGAAUUGAUAAACAAGUCUUCACAAAUAUUCUACAAAUUUACUUUGUAGAUGGUCGGAGAAUUUUGAACAAUCUUCUAGAGGGCAAUGAUUCCAAUCGAAUCAAGCAACUGGAAAGUGAUAUUACAUUCCAUAUCACUAAGCAAGAAGCUGAGCUUGCUUUAAGAGUAAACAGUGAUGCUUUCUAUGGAGAUCUGCAUCACCUUAAAGGUUUGAUCCAAGCAGGAGCAGAUCCUAAUAAGACUGAUUAUGAUGGACGCUCACCCUUGCAUCUUGCAGCAGCAAGAGGGCAUGAAGAUAUCACUCUAUUUCUCAUCCAAGAAGGCGUGGACAUUAACCUUUCUGACAAUUUUGGAAACACACCCUUGUUUGAGGCUAUCAAGGAUGGACAUGAUCGAGUGGCUUCUUUACUCUUUAGCAGAGGAGCACAAUUAAGUCUUAAAGAUGCUGGUAGCCAACUUUGUGCAGCUGCUGCAGAGGGGGAUUCAGAUUUUAUCAAAAGAGCUUUAUCUUACGGUGUUGAUCCAAACUCAAAAGACUAUGAUCACCGCACAGCGCUUCAUAUAGCUGCUGCUGAGGGAUUAUAUUUCAUAGCAAAGUUGCUUUUAGAUGCUGGGGCAAGUGUUUUUGCUAUGGACAGAUGGGGAGCUACACCAUUGGAUGAAGCACGAAAGAGCGGAAACAAAUCCUUGAUGCUGCUGCUAGAAGGUGCAAAGUCUGAUGAGCUCUCCAAAUUUCCUGAACGUGCUCGGGAAGUUCAAGAUAAAAUGCAUCCAAGGAGGUGCACAGUGUUUCCUUUUCACCCAUGGGAUUCGAAAGAAGAGAGAAGAGAGGGAGUCAUGCUAUGGAUCCCAUGCACCAUGGAGAAGCUCAUUAGAUCCUCUAGAGAGCAACUAAAGUCUUCAGGUUCACGUAUACUGUCAGAAGAUGGGGCCAGGAUUCUUGACGUAGAUAUGAUAUCUGAUGGCCAGAAAUUGUAUCUAGUUGCAGAUCAAGAAACAAGUACACAUAACAACCAGCAUACUUGAAUUGCAUGUACACACAUUAUUCUAUAAAAUAAUAGUUAUCAUUUGUUUCAUGCC